CAAUCAAACAAUAACAACGACUUCUUUAAUCCUAUAACCAUCUUCAAUCCCCUCCCAUCCGGCCCGACCGCUUCCAAAGCCUUCUCCCUAAGCCGGCCCACAUUCUCCCUCAUCCCCUCGUCCGACAACACGCGCCCCAACACCUCGGCCGUACUCCCGUCCUCCCCGAAAACCCCUCCCGGGACCCCAACCCCUAUCCUCCACGUGUCCUCCACCAUCCUCCCGUUCAACCUCUGGUCCCCGAAAAACGGGCGGCACACCAUCGGCACUCGGCCCGCGAUGCUCUCGAGUAUCGAGUUCCAUCCGCAGUGCGUCACGAAUGCCCCCACGCUACCGUGCCCCAGAACCCUCGGCUGUGGGGCCCACGGGACGAUCCUCCCGAACCCGCCCGCCGUCCGCCCGACGAACCCCUCGGGAAGCGCGUUUUUGGCCCCGUCGUUGAGUGACCAUAGGAACGGGGCCCGGAGGGCCUCGAGGGCCCGCGCGAGAGCCCGUAGCUCGGGCUCGGGAGGCACGGCGACCACGACCGAUUUGGGCGUGUCUCGGAACUGGUCAAGCCACGGGAGGCACUCGGUGGGGUCGGCGGUGGUGUCGUUGGGGGACGUGAGGAGAGUGGUGGGGCCCACGUUGAGGAAGUGGCGGAACUUGCGGCGGAGGUCGGCGGUGAUGGCCGGGUCGAUCUCGUCGAAGGAGUUGAGGACGAUCGCCGAAGAUUUCGGAAGGUUCCGGACCAUGUUGCCGAUGGUCAGGGCGAGGGGGGACGGGUUGUCGACGUCGAGGAAAAUCUCGGGCGGGAGGUCGGCUAGGCGAGCGUUUUCGAGUCCCGGGAUGAAG